AUGAACAUCCAUCCAGUAUUCCAUGUUUCAUUUUUGUCACCCGAAGCAGGUAACCCAUUACCUGGACAACAACAGUCACCACUACUUCCAGUUGAGAUCAAAGGGGAGGAAGAAUGGCAAGGUGAAGAGAUUUUGGAUUCUAGGAAACGGAAGGGAAGGUUUGAGUACUUGGUACAAUAUAUGGGAUAUGACGAUGCCUCCUGGCAACAGCUAUCGGACCUUGAGCAUUCACCUGAUAUUGUUCGACGAUUCCAUGAACGUUAUCCACGGAAACCUAAGCCUACCAGGAGGUAG